AUGGCCACCUUCACAAAGAGCUCCGGGGACCAGGCCCCUCUCAUCCAUGUUGAUGCCACGAAGAAGCUCUCUAAGAUUAACCCGAACACCUACGGUGGCUUUACUGAGCACAUGGGCCGCUGCAUCUACGGCGGCAUCUACGAGCCCUCCCACUCCUCCGCCGACGAGAAUGGCUUCCGCAAGGAUGUCAUUGAAGCGCUACGCGAAAUCGACAUCCCCGUUAUCCGCUAUCCCGGCGGAAACUUCGUUGCCACAUACCACUGGCAGGAGGGCAUCGGCCCUCGCGAGAAGCGCCCCUCCCGCCCCGAGCUUGCCUGGCUCGGUGUCGAGUCCAACCAGUUCGGCACCGAUGAGUUCAUGAAGUGGCUCGAGGUCCUGAGCGAGGGCAAAGAGCAGAGGGUAGAACCUUACAUCUGCCUCAACUUCGGCACUGGAACCCUUGAUGAGGCCCUCGCCUGGCUCGAGUAUUGCAACGGAACCCGCGAUACAUAUUGGGCGAACCAGCGGAGAGCCAAUGGCCACCCGGAACCUUACAAUGUCAAGUACUGGGCUCUCGGGAACGAGGUCUGGGGCCCGUGGCAGGUUCUCCAGAUGACCAAGGAAGACUACGCCAAGAAGGCAAUUCAGUGGGCCAAGGCCCUCCGCCUGCUGGACCCGAGCAUCGAGCUCAUCCUUUGUGGUGAGAACGGCUAUAGCUCUUGGGAUCACUAUGUACUGCACGAGGCUGUUGAUUGGGUCGACAUGCACAGCAUACACAUCUACACUGCGUCACCUGAUCACAACAAGAAUGUCACGGCUCCCCUUUCCGCUGAAAGAGCGAUUGAGAUCACAGCAAGUCUAAUUGAUCUCGCCCGCAUCGAAAAGGGCGUUGCAGCCGACAAGGCACCGGUGAAGAUCUGCUUCGAUGAGUGGAACGUCUGGGAUCCCGAGCGGGCUCCAGGAGACCAGGGCGCCGAGGAGAAGUACACACUCUCGGACGCCCUGGCUGUCGCUGUUUGGCUCAAUGUAUUUGUGCGACAGAGCAAGUACAUUGGCAUGGCCAACAUUGCGCAGACUGUCAACGUCAUCAGCCCGCUCAUGACCACCGAGAAGGGCGUUGUCAGACAGUCGACAUGGUGGCCACUCUACCUGUACAGCAAGUACAUGCGCGGCCACACCCUCGCCACGCACGUGCGCGGCCCUGUCUAUGAGGGCGAGACAAACCCCAAGUGGCUCCAGGGCACCCUGAGAGCUACCCAGGGCGGCAUCUCGUGGUUGGACGUCAGCGCCACCAUUGAGGGCGACGGUCUCGUUUCCCUGGCCGUCGUCAACAUGAACGACACGGAAGACUACACUGUCCAGCUUGACGGCCUCGUCAGCAGUGGUGAUGUCAACGUGUACAAGGUCUCGGGCGCGUCGGUGCAGUCAACAAACGUCGAGGACAAGGAGACUGUCGGCCUCGAGGAGUCCAAGUGGGACGGCAAAGGUGCCUUUACCUUCCCCAAGCACAGCUUCAUCAUGCUCAGAUGGAAGCCUUGA